AUGCCUUCAAUUAAGUUGCAGAGUUCUGAUGGAGAGAUAUUUGAAGUUGAUGUUGAAAUUGCCAAACAAUCUGUGACUAUCAAGACCAUGUUAGAAGAUUUGGGAAUGGAUGAUGAAGGCGAUGAUGACCCAGUUCCUCUACCAAAUGUUAAUGCAGCAAUAUUAAAAAAGGUUAUUCAGUGGUGCACCCACCACAAGGAUGACCCUCCUCCUCCUGAGGAUGAUGAGAACAAAGAAAAGCGAACAGAUGAUAUUCCUGUUUGGGACCAAGAAUUCCUCAAAGUUGACCAAGGAACACUAUUUGAACUAAUUCUGGCUGCAAACUAUUUAGACAUCAAAGGUUUGCUUGAUGUUACAUGCAAGACUGUUGCCAAUAUGAUCAAGGGGAAAACCCCUGAAGAGAUUCGCAAGACCUUCAAUAUAAAAAAUGACUUUACUGAAGAAGAGGAAGCCCAGGUACGCAAAGAGAACCAGUGGUGUGAAGAGAAGUGAAAAGUUGUGCCUGACACUGUAACACUGUGUGGCCUUCUUCUCCAGGAUUAUUGUACAGUGAAUAGCUAUGCUUCUGGGCCAUUCAAGAUAGUUAACAGCUCAGAAGAUCCUAGCCCUGGGGCUUCCUAUAAAAGGGAGAAACACCUUCAAAUUGGGAAAUCCCUGCUAGUUUUGCCAUGCUAAGCCAUCACAAUAUCCUGAGCACAGUGGGAGCAGCUGCAACGGGAGAGGGCUCCAGAUCUGUAUUUCAAGCAAAUAUGCCAGUUGUAUGGGAACAUGUACAGGACGUGUUAAGUUAUUUUGUCUCAGGUCUCAGAAAACGAGGCUGGUUCUUGGCUGGCAGUAAGGUGGAACUGGUAUGGUAUUUGAAGUUGAAUUGGACACUCUCAAGUCACCGGGAGACCUCAUAGGAAUGUGUGUGAUCCAGGAGGGUUUGAAUUUCCUCUUUGAUGUCAGUUUUUUAAAAAGGCUGGCUUGAUUUUAACAAUGUUGCCAAAGCCCCCCUCUCUACCCUCACAUACACAAAGAGUGCAUUGUUCAUGUACCCAGUGUACUCUAAAUAAGACAUCUAAUCAGAUGCAGUAACCCAGUCUUGCAUAAGCCUUGGUUAGAAUGUAGUUUUUUGAAACAUCUAGGCCAGUAGCCAGAGCGGAAUUCUUUAAAUGGGACAGAUGUCAAGAGAAUGGCUGGUCUCCUCUAGCACCCUUCCAGAAAAAAGCAACUCCAAGAUUACAAUUUCCAGUGGCCUACUUUAAAUAGAUACUACUCUGACACACAAAAUCCAAAAAAUAUAACUCAGUGAAAAUUACAAUGCAUGAUGGUGGCCCAGUGGUUGACUGACCUAUUGAGGUGGCUUUAUGAUACCUUUUACAUUCGUGAUGGGUCUUAAAGUUAACAUUGUACUUUAAUGGAAGCUGCUGUGUAAAAAGGUUGUAGAAUUAUCAAAUUUCAGAGGUUUUAUAUAAAAAUAUGGAGAUACCUCAAGCACCUUAAUACAGUUUUUGGGAGGAAAGCGUUCUAUUAAUUUUUUUUGGAGUUUAUACCAGUACAUAAAAAGACUUAUUUUCCUUGUAAUAGGAUAUGUACUUAUGGAGUGGUUAGUCUAAUCUCAACUCUCAGAGAAAAUGGAGUCUAGUGGUCUGUACAUCUAUUUCUAGUUGGAUUGUCUUAGGGUUUAUGGAUAGCAGUUUCCAACAUAGUCUUAUGGGGGUGGGAGGCAGGCUGGCCUGUGCCUGCAUCAAUUUUUAGGUCAGAGGGUUGGUGGGUUCAGAGCAAGGCUUGGAAUGGGAGCUUAUCCGCAGCAUGAGCUGGGCAGGCCCAAGCCCCUUAAGGGGAGAUGAGAGUAAUCCCCGGCUUCUGUAGGUUGAGUCUUUAACAUGUGUACCAUAGUAGAGAAUAAACCCCAAGUUUCAUGGCUGUGAAGAAAAGAAUUAUCAUCCUGUUUCUGAAACAGCUUAUUCCUCAGGGUCAAGCUUUGGGGCGGGGGGGAAAAACAACAGGAAAAAGUAUCUUUAUUCUCACAUUUAAAGUUUUUCUAUGAUGAUGCAUUAACAAUACAAAAAUAUUUUGAAUACUACAAUGGUCCUUUUUUUCUCAAAACUUCCUGCAACACUACACUAGAAUACAUGAUCUUUGGAAUCUGAGAAGCCAGUGGCUAAAGUAGGUAUUAAAGGCAUUUGUUGAAGGGUGUAUGUGGGUACAGGGACAGCCCUUUUUCUUUGGAUUCAGGCUAUGUACGGUGAAGAGGCAAAAAAACAAGUUAAAUUAAAAAGAUUUUUUUAAAGGCU